UUCAGCGUGGAUCCAUCCAUUGGUCAAACAUAAGCAUAUGCUGCUCCUUUUUCCUCCCGAUGGCAGUUCUACGCCUCAAACUGUAAAUAAUAUUUUGCCUGAUCAUCUUAACAAAGCGUAUACCUUCGAGAAACACUUUUAUGUUUGUCAUAUGCAUCUUUAAAGGCUUUGCAAUCGUUUCUAGCAGUCGUUCCCUUUGUGUUUGUUUCUUUUGCAUCACUUUUCGAGACAAUGGAGUCUCUUCGCCAUCAGCGCUUACAGCCCGGUAUCGGAUACGGAGCGAGCGCGACCGGGACUCUCCGGUCCCUGCGGCCCGGUGUAACUGGGACUGUUUCCUCGGCACAGGGUUCCCGCGUGUCGGUGUCUGCUUCUCCGGGACCGCCGCCACCACCGCCGCCCCUCCAGCUCCACAGCCUCGGGUCCGGUAUCAUGGGCAGCGGGUUCGGUUCGGUGGACAUGUCCGCGGGUCUGGGUCUGUCCAAUCCCACCAACCCCGCGGUUCUGAGAGAGGCAGUGGACGCGGUGGUCCGGAGCUUUGCCAAACACACGCAAGGAUACGGCAGGGUGAAUGUCGUGGAGGCCUUGCAGGAGUUCUGGCAGAUGAAGCAGUCUCGAGGUGCUGACCUGAGGAACGGGGCUCUUGUGGUCUAUGAGAUGGUCCCAUCCAAUAACCCCCCUUACGUCUGCUACGUCAGUCUCCCCGGGGGAAGUUGCUUCGGGAGUUUUCAGUUCUGCCCGACCAAAGCUGAAGCAAGACGGAGUGCGGCCAAAAUUGCCCUAAUGAAUUCUGUUUUCAAUGAGCAUCCAUCUCGACGCAUCACAGAUGAGUUCAUAGAGAAGAGUGUGUGUGAGGCUCUAGCCUCUUUUAAUGGAAACAGAGAAGAAGCUGAUAAUCCUAGUACAGGCAUCGGUGCUUUUCGGUUCAUGUUAGAGUCUAACAAAGGGAAAUCUAUGCUGGAGUUCCAGGAACUGAUGACAGUUUUCCAGCUUCUCCAUUGGAAUGGUAGUCUCAAAGCCAUGAGAGAAAGGCAAUGCUCUCGUCAGGAAGUGCUGGCUCAUUACUCCCACCGAGCGCUAGACGAUGACAUGCGUACACAAAUGGCUGCCGACUGGGUCAGUCGAGAACACACUUUAUCUGGUACCAUCAAUCGAGAGAUGGCAGCCACCGAGCGCGAGCUGGAAGAGGCUCGUCUGGCAGGACGGGAGCUGCGCUUUUAUAAGGAAAGGAAAGACAUUCUGCUAAUGGCAGUGGGGCAGCUAGGUGGGUCAAACACUACAACUCUGCCCUGCACAUGCUGAAGAGCAUGAAGAUGUGUCAGACGUGGCAUAUGAUUGUACCAGAUAGCACUCCAAAACUCAAAACAGUCUUUUUUAACUUGUGUAUGUGUGUUUGUGUGGGAGGAGUCUUCAAAGAAUCAGCAUUUUGAAUAAUUUCACAGACAAAAACGGGGAUGAUUUAUACGUUUCUGUCUGUUUGAUCUGAACAUGUAAGGCAUUUUAAACUUCAACAGAAUUAAGCGCUAUAUUGCUAUUAUUACUAUACCAGUAUUAUCCUCCAGUGUUAUCGGUUGACUGUACUGGCACAUGGACCUACUAUGUCGGGAAAAUCAGAUUUGAAAGGCCUUGUUUGCAUUGUACUACUCGUGAAUCCUAUUACACAUGGGCACUUAUUUUCUUCGCUAAUUCGCCAAAUCACUGCCUAUUUGCUUUUCUUAGGAGAUACAGUUAUGUAGUCAAGUCACCUUUAUUUAUGCUGUGCUUUAUACAGUAUGGAUUGAUCACAGCAAUAUUGUAUCAAUAUUCUGAAUUUACAUUCACAUAAUAGCCUUGCUCAUUUAUUUGCUACACAUGUGCUUUUGGGGAAUAUACAAACCUUUGCUUUGUAAUGGUAAUCUUAAGUAUGUUUAACUCAACUUUUCCACAAGAGCCAAUGGCAUUAGCAUAGAUGUUUGCUAAGGCAACAACCAGAAAAUAUUUGCAUAAUUCCAAGGUCAGAUUUUCUCACACACAGUCAUUGGUGAGAAAUCCCAGCACAGGAAACAUAGCAAGGCCAUUUCCUCCAGCCUUCUGACAUAGAAAAACUGAAUCUGUGCACUCAUUAUAAUGCCUUCUGUUACUUUUGUGAUUGUAGAGCAAUCAUGCUCAUUCACAGCAACAUUUAAUGUCUACCUCCUCUCUGAAAGCUUUUGUGAACAGUUAUAUGCAUACAAGUGCGGAUGGGAUUUGUGUUCAAGGAAUAGUUCACAAAAAAAGGAAAAUUUUCUGAAAAUGUAGCUCUCCCUCAGGCCAUCCAAGAUGUAGAUGAGUUUUUUUUUCUUCAUCAAAACAGUUUCGGAGAAAUUUAACAAUUCAUCACUUGUUCACCAAUGGAGGCUCUGCAGUGAAUGGGGGCCAUCAGAUUGAGAGUCAAAAGAGCUGAUAAAAACAUCACAGUAAUCCACAAAUAAUCCACAAUGUCCAUAAUAUUGGCUUCUUUAGUGAAAAUUAAUCUUGUCUGAAUCAGAAGAUAAAUAUGCACAAAUCAAGCACAGUUUACAAGUAAUAACAGUCCAAAACAGCUCUAAACAAAUGUGUCAGAGACAACAGGAGAUGGAAUUU